GGACCCCAGAGCGCCGCCCAUGAAAACAGAAGUGACACUUUUGAAUGAUUAAAGCUUUUAACUGUAAAGAAUAGUAACAAAACAAACAUGUUUAUCACUUCACAAAACUCACCGCCUGUGUUUAAGGAUUUGACGCUCGUUAUGCCAGUGGUGGCGGUGGGCAACGUGGGCCAGCUGGCGGUGGACCUCCUCAUAUCCACCCUCAACCUGCCCAGGGUGGGCUACCUGCACACGGACUGCCUCAUCCCAAUGGCGGGCAACAACCCGUACGCCACCGGCAAGGAAGACGCGGGGGAGCUGCACACGGCCGCAGAAGUGUACGCAGCACCUGAGCUCAAGAUAGCAGUUCUUCAGAUCAGGGCACCAGUUGUCAAGACCAAAUCCAGACGCUUCCGUCGGCUGCUGCUGUCCUGGAUCAAGGCCAGCGGCUUCUCCCGGACGCUGGUCCUGUCCAGCUGUCACGCCUACCAGAGGGACGACCAGCAGCUGCAAGGCAAUCCAUUAAGGUACUUGAUAACGCUAAGCCUCCUGAAGAGCAGUGGUGAUGCCUUCAAGGAACUGGGCUGGAAGGAGAUGGAGAGGGUGCCCCUUCGCCCGGGACGUUUUGACACCGGCACAGAACAGCCGAGACUCUACAUUCCCGGCGGAGGCAUCACUAAAGGCCUCUACAUGGACAGUUGCACCGAGGACAUUCCGCUGGCCGUACUGCUCGUUUUCUGCUCAGAGGGCGACAACGUGCCGGACGCCUUGGCGCUGGUCAGUCACCUGGACGACUGGCUCCACUUGCUGGACAACCCGAGCCGAGAGGCCAAAUGGAAGAUCCCAAUUUCCUGGAGUCUGCUAUUUGGGAGCGGCAUCCCUCCUGCCAUCUUCUGAGUCACUUUUUGUAACCUCGUUUUAUAUUUCAAUAAAAAAUGAUCAAGAGCCAGAA